CGCGGCGGCGGUGGCGGCCGAGGAGCCGGACUACAAGAACCAGGGCUCGAGCAAGCCCCCGUACUCGUACGCGACACUCAUCUGCAUGGCCAUGAAAGCCAACAAGAACAAGAUGACGCUGAGCGCCAUUUACAAGUGGAUACGCGAGAACUUCCUCUACUACCGAAACGCCGAUCCCAGUUGGCAGAACUCGAUCCGCCACAACCUGUCUCUCAACAAGUGCUUCAUCAAGGUUCCGCGGAGCAAGGACGAGCCGGGCAAGGGCGGCUUCUGGAGGCUGGACCCGGUCUACGCCGACUCCCUGGUCGACGGCGUCUUCAAGAAGCGACGACCCGCCCAGCGACACCCGGGAGCACCCGGCACCGCCACGGUGCCCUCUACAGGGGGCGGUGGCGGUAGCGGCUCCAAGAGGAACCGGAGGGACCGCGGGGGCGGAGCCAAGAACAAGCAGGCGACAACGUCGUCCACGACACCACCAACCCUGAGUGUGGUCUCGGCGUUAGAGGCUCACAGCGGACCGGCCGUCAUCGUGGAGCGUGUGGAUCCGGCUGCCGUCGUGAUCAUGGACUCCACGGGCGUCGUAGCGGGUGCGUCUCAGCCGCACCUAGACGACGUGUGCGGAGACUUGGGGGACUCGCUCAAGAACGAUCUGUCCUGGAUCCUCAGCGAGAGCGACCUGGACUUAGAGCAGCAGCUGGACCGAUACCGAAGCUCCGAGGACGCCGCGGCAGCGGCGGCCCUGCAGCUCGAGGAAGACCUCUUCGGCAGCGGCAGCGGAGUCACCGACGGCGUGGUCUCCGUCAAUGGCUCCGUGCCGUCGGCCUCGAGUCCCGACUGGUGGACGUGUUUCGGCCCGGGUAGCGGCGCUGGGGGAGGCGCCGAGUCGGCGUCACUGUGUCUUCCGGUGGCUUCCGCGACGACACCCUCUGCGGCCGGCUGCUCAUCGUCGAAUGCGGUGCAGACUUUCGAACUGCUGUACGGAGGCGCCGAGACGGACGAUGCAUGCAUCGUCGACCAUCACGUGACCAUUCCCGGCGAGCUGGUGUUCGGCGACCCAACCUCGUCUGUGACCGUCGCCCAGCAGCAGCAGCCCUGGGCGGACUGCAAGGCGGCCCUCGAAGCGGCUGCCCUCGAGCUGGAGACGUACGCCGAGAUGGACGUGGUACCCGGAUACUAGUUGUUGCGUCCAGUCUUGCUAUAAAUGUGUAAAACAAUUGUGCGCGCCUCACAAAAGUUCGCCGGUGGUAGAUGUGCUUGUCUAAAUGAGUGGACAUCGUAGUAAUCCUCUUUCUAAUCUAUACUUGCGAUUGAUGCGACGUCCUCGUCGGGGCUAAACUUUGAAGAGAGGCCGCAUCACAUCCAGCUACCGGCGUCCAUGAAGCUCGGCAGUCACAACUUCGAUGAGAAGAAGCCGCAGGUGCGAAAGUGGUUGCCCCGUACAUACUAUUGUUGUGUCGUGUACGUGAUGGCCUUUUGUACCAAUGGCCGCUCUUCUCUUCAUAAGCCAAACAUCUCCCAGCACUUCUUGUGGCAUGCAAUCCACGAUGAUGUUCGCUAUCAUUUUUUUUUUUCAUUUCGUAUUCGUGUAAGGCCGGUUUGUGGAAGGAAGCUAGAUCACAGAUGUGUCUCGUCUCCGAGAGCCGAAGAGUAGUCCGAGUUUAUCAUUUACCAUGCAUAAAAAUAAGGCCGAUUA